UAGAUUCUGCAAGGGCUACAUCAUUUUAUUAAUGACGAGGAUAGUCUUACAUAUUGAGCUUAAGCAAUGUGGUAGUCGGACUCAUACAAAGAGUGGUGUGGUUCAAUUAGUCUUUUAAGUAUCAACGCUGAGAUUUUAGCAAGUAUAUAAUGGUGGUCUAGUUUCAUCCAAGAUCUCUCUCUUGUUCUGUUGGCUUGAAGCGCAGUGGAGAUGGAGAAUGUGGAGGGGAGUGGCCGUGGUGGUCUCGGUCCUGAAGCUAACCGAGACGAAGAGGGGUCCGCAGCAAUGUACUUGGUGUGGGAAGAGCUCUCGGUGAUCUUGCCGAACAUGGGCAAUGGACAUUCUCGGAAACUGCUCAAUGGGGUCACUGGGUUCGCUGAGCCUGGUAGGCUCCUGGCCAUUAUGGGACCUUCCGGUUCGGGCAAAUCAACUCUUCUGGACUCACUUUCAGGAAGAUUAUCUGCAAAUUGCAUCAUGACCGGGAACGUCCUCCUCAACAGGAAGCAGAGAAAAUUGAACUCCAGUGGUCCCGCAUACGUAACUCAAGAAGAUGUACUGCUGGGGACUCUAACAGUUAGAGAAACGAUAACUUAUUCUGCCCAUUUGAGGCUUCCGGCUUCAAUGACCGAUGAGGAGAUUAAUCGUUCCAUUGAGGGGGUCAUCGACCAGAUGGGUCUUCAAGACUGCGCCGACCGCCUUAUCGGGAACUGGCACUUACGAGGAAUAAGUGGAGGGGAAAGGAAGAGAGUCAGCAUUGCACUGGAAAUUCUCACAAGGCCGAUCCUGUUAUUUCUAGACGAACCCACCAGUGGGCUAGACAGUGCCUCUGCUUUCUUUGUUGUACAAACUCUUCGGGAUAUCGCUCACAGUGGCAGAACUGUGAUCUCAGCGGUUCACCAACCAAGCUCUGAAGUUUUCAAGUUGUUUGAUGAUCUGUGUCUUCUUUCUGAUGGAGAAACAGUUUACUUUGGCCGAGCAGAAACGGCAGUGGAGUUCUUUGCUGAAACAGGGUUUCCCUGUCCCAGUCGCAGAAACCCUUCCGACCAUUUCCUUCGUUGCAUUAACACCGACUUUGACACAGUCACGACUUACAUGGGACUUUACCGAGCAAGUGAAAUCGAAACUUUGUCAGACCCACUCACCAACACAAUGACAGCAACAGUUAAAGCUUUGCUUGUGAAGAAAUACAGGAGCUCGAAGUAUGCAUCGAAUUUAAGAGUCAGGAUCCAAGAAAUCUCAAAGAUUGAAGGACUCAUGCUAGAAAGGAUCAGAGGCAGCCAAGCGAAAUGGUGGAAACAGCUCUUAACUUUGACAAGCAGAUCUUUCGUGAACAUGUCCCGGGAUAUCGGGUACUACUGGCUAAGGAUAGUAAUAUAUGUAGUAGUGUCGAUAUCCGUCGGUACCGUCUUCUUCGAUGUUGGGACAAGUUUCAAUGCAAUCUUUGCACGGGGUUCUUGCGGAGCGUUCAUUUCAGGAUUUAUGACUUUCAUGUCAAUUGGAGGCUUUCCAUCUUUUAUUGAAGAGAUGAAGGUUUUCUACCGGGAAAGAGUUAAUCGACACUACGGGAUAGCUGUGUAUACUCUAGCAAACUUCAUCUCUGCAUCUCCGUUUCUAGCGAUGAUGUCUCUUGCCAGUUCAGCCAUCACUUAUUAUAUGGUGAAACUUCGGCCCGGGAUUUCCCAUUUCCUGUACGUCUGGCUCGACCUUCUAGCCUCCAUUGCAGUGGUUGAGAGCUCCAUGAUGAUUAUAGCUGCACUGGUCCCAAACUUCCUAAUGGGAGUCAUCUUAGGGGCAGGAUAUAUUGGAAUCAUGAUGAUGACUUCUGGGUAUUUUCGAUUCCUUCCGGACCUUCCCAAGGUGUUCUGGCGCUAUCCUAUUUCAUACAUCAACUAUGGUGCGUGGGCAUUACAGGGAGCAUACAAGAAUGACAUGAUUGGGCUCGAGUUUGAUCCUCUGUUUCCUGGAGACCCCAAGCUGAAAGGCGAAGACAUCCUCAAGGACACGCUUAAGAUAAAAGUGAGCUACUCGAAAUGGUGGGAUGUUGCAGCCAUUGCAGCUAUUCUCGUUUCUUGCAGACUUCUCUUUUUCGUGAUCCUUAAGUUCAAAGAGAGAGCUUCUCCAUGCUUUCGAGCACUUCUUACAAAAAGAAUUCUUCGGAAUCUCAGUAAGAGGCCUUCGUUUCGGAAGAUUCCAUCCUUCCCAUCCCAACGGCAGCACAAUCUUCACCCUUUGUCAUUACAGGAAGGCUUGGAUUCACCAGUCCCAUGAAUUUAACAUGCUUGUGCUUGUAGAUCUUUGUUGAAGGAUUUACUGAUCGCAGCGAUUCUACUCAUUAAAUGUAUCUUCCUAAGAAUAUUUUUCUUCAUUAAUUAACUUGAGAAAG